UAUGAAUACAAUGUGAUUUUUUUUUUUUUUUUGGUAAAGCAACUCAGAAUUAGGUUAAAGUGCAUCGUUGACAACACGUUAAAACACACACACGGGGCAAUUAUGUUCGAAGUCUUGGUCUUUGUACAGUGAAACUCCUGAAUAUGUUCAACAUUUCGCACAUUGUUGUAAUGUAGCGAACAUAGACCCUCUUGUGGUCCAACUGAUUGACUACAAUGUUUAAACUCCUGGGAUGGGCAAACCUUUGCGAUUAGGAGCCAUGGAAGAUUUUUCUUUUUUUUAAUUUAUUUUUUUAAAAACACAGUCCAUUCGUAGAUCAGGUUUAAAAACGUUCAAAUCUGUAUGUAGUUCAUUUGAAUAAGAAAAUAAUCAUUCGUUGUCAUUCAAAAUUGUACUUACAGUAUAAUUAAUUAACCAAUCAUUUAACACUAUACAUAAAAAAUAUAUUACAUGUACAGUAUGUGUACAUUUGUUCAUUUUACCACCAUUUUCAUUUGAUUAUUUACCAUAAAUCAAUUAGACAAUGAUUUCAUGAGAUAAAUGAAUAAAAAUAUGAUACAUAAAUUCAACCAAUUUAAGGGAAAACGGCUAAAUAAACAUAACAAUUACAGGACUGUUGAGAAAACAAAAUACUGUAUGAAAUAGACCAGGUCAUUGGUGUGCAAGAUUUUCUGCCUUUAUGUCGAAAAUACACCAUUUAUUUUAUUUUUUUACAUGCGAGCAUGCUAUUAAGUCCAUUUUUAUUUCCGAACUGUACAAAUGACAUUUUGUUGUAUUCAAUCAAGCAAGCUGAUUUUACCAAAUGGAUCGUCACCUCGUAGCAACACCUCGGUUACGUCACGCCCACUUUGUUGUCAUGGUGGUGUUUGGACUCACGUCCUCGACGUGAACACUUAAAGCAAGGGACAGCUUGAAACAUGAUUCUGAUUCUGAAGUGACAGAAUGGGAAGGAGAGACAGGAAAAACGGGACAAGUCAGGAGUCUCUGCACAAGGACACGAUUCAAGCACGUCGCGUCGCGUUCAAAACACCAGCCACUGCAGUUCUUCUCCUGAGCGCUCCCGAAGAGGACGUUUUAAUAAAAGCAUGUCAAGCGAUCUACGAAUUUGCGGAAGAAGGAGAUUUGAGCAAGGUUUAUCUGACGGAGCAUGGGGCGUUGGGGCCUCUCAGUCAGCUCAUCGCUCACUCCAACCACAAGAUCAGACGCAAUGCCUUCAUUGGACUAGGUGUCAUGGCUACCAACAGUACAGCCAGGACUGCCCUACAAAACAUGGAUGUUAUUCCAUCCAUCAUUGACAAACUAUCGCUUGACGACACUGUUGUCCAAGAGUUUGGCACCCUGUGCCUGUCCUGUCUGUCCGUGGAGUCCUGCUGUAAAGUGCAGAUCAUUGACAACAAUGGUCUACCACUGUUAAUCACCCUCCUCUCUAGUUCUGACCCAGAUGUUCAGAAGAACUCUCUGGAUACCAUCUACAACUUGGUUCAGGACACCCAAAUUUGCCCGGCUGUCAUCGAGUUACAUGGGCUACGUCAACUCCUCACCCUGCUGAAGUCAGACUUCAAUGCCAUUCAGCAAUUGGCUUUAAACACACUGCAGACAAUCGCUAUUAGUAAAGAAUCACAAAGCGCCUUCAGAGAAGAACGGGUAUUUGAUGAGCUAAUCGAGAUCCUCAAUAAUAAGGAUUUAAUUGACCUUCAUAUAGAGACCUUGCUGAUUCUUUCUAAUUGUAUGAGUGACCUCGAGAGUUUCCGGGUGAUACAAAAUGGAGGAGGCCUUUCCACGCUGAUGGACCUUCUUCUCACCCCCAAAGUGUCUGAGAGCCAGGCAGUUUUGCUUAAAAACGGCAAUAUUGAAAUCCAGGCCAUUGCUGUUAAGUGCUUUGCGUGUGCUGCUCAGAACCCUGGCCUUCACCCAUUUCUGCAUGAGCAGAAGAUUGAGAAGGUUCUGGUAGAUCUUCUGUCUGGGGGCAGCGAUAAUGUGAAAACAUAUGGUUGCCAAGCCUUUGCCGCCUUGAGCUCCUUCUUGCCCAGCAAAGACCUCUUCAGGGAUUUAGGCGGCAUACCUAUUGUGGUUCGGUUACUGAAGAGUAAGUGUCCCGAGAUCAUUGAGCAUGCUACCCAGGGUCUUGCCAACCUCACAUCUGGAGACCAGCUCAAUACUAUGGAAGUAUUUUAUGCAGGAGGACCUCAGGUGCUUGUGCGGAGGCUACAAGACACUUGUCCUAAAGUGUUGGCAAAUUCGAUAACCAUACUCGGCAGGAUGGCAGGACAGGAACCCAUCCGGUGUAAAGUGGUAUCAGAGGGAGUCAUGCCAGCGCUGGUGGAGCCUUUGAAAUCAGCAGACACACAGGCCCUGAUCAAUGCCUUGCUCUGCAUCUGCGAACUGGCAUUUGAGGAAGACGCCAGAGCAAAACUGCGAGGGGCUGAUGGUCUCGAACCAUUGGUCCGUUUGCUGCGUUCCAGUCAUAUGGAGGUGUUGCGCUGCACAUGUAUGGCAAUCAGUGUUUGUGCAAAGGAUGAGCCCACUGCAUUGGAGAUGUGUAAAUUCGGAGCCUUGGAAAUCCUUCAAGAAAUCACCCAGUCAAUAAAUCGUAGGAACAAGUUCACUGAGUUUGCCUUGAUCAGUCUGCUCAAAUACAAUCUGUCUCUCAAAUAUGGUCUACUGGGUUAUUUGGCCACUACUGAUGUCAUCAUAGAUGGCCUCUACGAUGCUGGGAAGGUUGGUUUUUGUCAGAAGGUUUUGACCUUAGAGGACCUGUGCAUGGAACCAGUAAACCGACGGCGGCCUGUCAUUGUUGUCAACGCAAUCGAGACGAGUGAUGAAGUGCAACAGAAAGAUGAGGCCCAGUCAGAGUGUAGUCAAGAGAGAAAUCGUAUACUGAUGGAUGACAUCUCAUUGCCGCUUCUAGUGAAAGAGGUCAAAGACUCCAUUGAGCCGCUGAUUGAAGAACAAGAACAAUAUGUUGCUUUGGCCAGGUUUGUCUCCGAAAUCAUGGGUGGAGCCAUUGAAAAGGAAGAGCGAGACACAUUUGCAUGGCUGCAGCACCUUGAGGAGCUCAGGUGUAAGCUGCAGUCUAAUGUAAUCCCUAUUGGCAUGAUUAGCAAAGGAUUUCAUUGCCAUAGGGCACUUCUUUUCAAGUACUUGGCUGAUAGCAUUGGCCUGAGGUGUACUCUGGUUAGAGGUGACUACAAUCGUGCUUGGAAUGAAGUACUCCUCUACAAGGGCGAGCCCUGUAGCAAUGAAAACUUUUCACAGCCAUGUUGCUACAUUGUUGACCUCAUGCACCAGCCUGGAACCUUCCUGGAGGCUGAUAGCACUGCUGCUAUCGAAUAUGAAAGCCUAUAGAGGAGGGGUGUCAAACUCCAUUUCACGGUGGGCCAAAAUUUCAAAUUGGCACAACGUCGUGGGCCGAACUCAAUAUUGAAUGAAAAAUCACUGCGAUGUGCAUGUUGCCCUUUUCUGCAGAAAUGUUAGCAUUCAACUUGAUCAGAUGCUUAAACACUGAAUCUGGAAUAAACAAACUUUAGGAUUAUAAACACAAGAAAUCGAAUUUGCGAUAAAAGUUAUCAGUGGUAUUUGUUUGUUGUUUUGUAUUUAAAUAGAUAACAUGAAUUCUUCUGUCUGUCCGCCUGAGGGAUCGAAGGUCACGGGCAUUCAAUGUUGGUUUUGGGCCUCGCCGCUUACAUGCAGUGAUUUCUCCAGAUUCGCUGAACCUUUUGAUGAUGUUAUGGACCGUAGAUGAUGAAAACCCGAAAUUCCUUGCAAUUGUACGUUGAGGAACAUUGUCCUUAAACUGUUGGACUAUUUUCUCAGGGAAGCUCCUUUUCUACCCAAUCAUUGCACCCACCUGUUCCCAAUGAGCCUGUUCACCUGUGGGACGUUCCAAACAGGUGUUUGAUGAGCAUUCCUCCACUUUUUUGCCACCUGUCCCAGCUUUUU